AUGGUCAGCGCCCACGAUGUCGCGGCUCGCAAGUCGGACAUGGGGACAGAUGAGCAAGCGCAAGCCGCACAGAUGAUCCAGCGCAACUAUCGCGGCUAUCGGGAGCGCAGGCAGCUUCAAGGCAUGGGCCUCGAUGCUAGCGCACGGUGGGCAGAGGUCGGAGACGUUCGCACUACCUGGGAGAUGUCGAAAUGGCGCAAUGCAACGAAGCCGAAGCCGCGCUCGGAAGACGCGGCUCUGCGCGACAACCUCACUACCCCCGAAGCACGUGAACGAGCGAACUCCAUAGCAGCGCGCGAGAAGUGGAAACGAGUCGGCGAGAUUGCGCGACGAGCGGGCGCUGACGAUCCCCACGAUGCCUCAGAGACGGACGACGAAGAUGCGCCCGAGAACCACACGGAACAACGACGGAAGCAGAACGAGUCCAAGGCGGAGCGCGAGAAGACUGCCAAGAUGAUGGACCUCCAGUACUUCCUGGAGAUGGUGGACCAGAAGCAUCGCUACGGCAGUAAUCUGAGAGCCUACCACGAGCAAUGGAAGAAGGCGGAUACCCACGAGAACUUCUUCUACUGGCUCGACCAUGGCGAGGGUAGGCACUUUGAGCAUCCCACCGUCUCUAGAGAGAGGCUUGACACAGAGCGCGUGCGCUACUUGUCGCGGGAGGAGCGUCAGAACUACCUGGUCACCAUCGACGAGGAAGGCCGCCUAUGCUGGGCGAAGAAUGGCGAGCGCCUAAACACGACCAUGGACUACAAAGAUAGUGUCAACGGUAUUGUACCGGUCGACGAUGACACUCCUGCCUAUGGUCCCAAAGCAAAGCUCCACUCUGGACAAAGCAAGACCCUACGACGAAGUUCAAUGAUCUCCGUGAGCUCAAGCUCAUCCAUGUCCGAGAGCGAUGCUGAGGCAGAGGAGGCAGAACACUACGUCAAUGAGGACCUCAACAAAGCUAAGGGCGUGUCGAAGCUCAAACAUGUGUCAGCCGCGACUAUUCUGAAUCACCUUCUCCGUAGUUCAGUGAAGCCGAACUCAUGGAUAUUCGUAGCCGACACAUCCUUCCGCCUGUACGUCGGGAUCAAGCAAUCGGGUGCUUUCCAGCACAGCUCGUUCCUCCACGGUGCGCGCAUAUCUGCCGCAGGCCUGAUCAGAGUCAAGGAUGGUCAGCUUCGGCGCCUCUCACCCCUGUCCGGCCACUACCGACCGCCGACGAAGAACUUCCGUGCGUUCGUACAUUCCAUGAAGGAGAACGGAGUAGACAUGUCGCGUGUCUCCAUCUCCCGGUCGUAUGCUGUCCUCGUCGGCCUUGAAGCUUACGUUAAGACACGCAAGAAGUUCAAGCAUGGGGUUGAGCACGUCAAGGAAGCAGAGACAAAGGUUGUGCACCCGGAAGAAUACGAACGGAAUGUGGAAGAACAAAAGGAUAAGAGCGAAAGCGCGCAAAGAGAACGGCAGUUACUUGCGCAGGAAGCAGAGAGGAGAGAGGCAGAGAAGAAACAGACUAGUCUUGGACGGCGAAUAUGGAAGAGGCUCAGUCGAGACCGCGGUGAGAACGGCGACCUGACACCCAAAGAACGGGAGGCCGCUAAGCAAAAGAGGAAGAAGUGGUUGAGCAAGUCGGGGGAAGAUGUCGAAGAUGGGAUUGCGCCUGAUGGACGUCGGGAGUCCGCCCCCGCGGUGUGA